CGGAGGGGCGAAUUUGCCGUGUGUCAGUGUAGGUAUAGAUGUACACGGAACACGGAGUACCAGCGACUACACCAGUUACAGAGCGAUAAUGCCCAAUCUUAAGUUAUAUUGUGCCUGGUUUUGUCCCUUUGCUCAGAGGGCAUGGAUAGCUUUCAUUGAGAAGGGACUGCCGUUCGACUACGUGGAGAUCAACCCUUACGAAAAGCCCCCUCAACUUAUGGCUGUAAACCCUAACGGCCUGGUGCCGGUUAUUGUGCGGGAGGACGGAACCUCUAUCUUUGAGUCGGGCGUUUGCAUACAGUACGUGGACGAGCUCAAGUCGGAGGGCAAACAGAUCCUACCACAAGAUCCAUACGAUAAGGCACAAGUCCGGAUAUGGAGCGAAUUCAUUUCCUCAAAACUUGUACCGCCUUUCUACAAGAUGUUGGCUGCCCAGGAAAAGGAACCACAAGAAAAGAUAAAAUUGGCACUGUUAGAGGAUUUGGCCAAGUUUUCCGACGCCAUUAGCGACGAAGGCCCCUUUUUCAGUGGUAAGACCUUUGGGAUGGUGGACAUGAUGUUGUGUCCAUUUACCCUCCGAUUCGGCCCCGUGUUAAAGCACUACCGUGAUUUUGAAGUUCCAAACAAUGACCGGUACAGGAAAUUCCAUAAAUGGAUGGAAGCCUGUCACUCGCAUCCAAGUGUCGUCCCUACGAUUGCAGAUGAUAAGAAAAUAACAGCAGUGUACAGAUAUUAUGCCGAGAACCUCUCCAGGGCCGAUACAGCAGCCGCUGUGAAGAAGCUCAGCGAACUGUAGCCAUGAUGUUCAUAAAUGCCAUUCAGCAGCUCAGUGGACUAUACAGGGUUUCCGUUUCUCAUGCUGACUGUUCUUGGUGCUUGUCUAUAUGAACUCUUAACGACACUACUACUUUUUCUAGUACAUAAUCAGAUUAUCUCCGUAAUUACUAACAAAGGACAUAUGAGUGUGAAAAGGUGCAUGAUUAACUUACAAAAUGACUAUUAACUAAUACAUAUCACAGGGUACAGAUUCUUUCACAUUGAUGUCUUAAAAACUCGAGUUGUCAGAUCUCUAUAACCUGAAAUUGUGAUGUCAUUCCGAAGAUGCUCUCGGUCUUUGAUUAUGACAGAGUCUAGAGACAAUUAUCGCUUAUAUACAAUAGAAAUAUGAUACAAAAAAUGAGCAUAUAAUGACACCAAUUAAAACAAUUUAUCUUCAUGUUCCAAAGACUUCGCUCGUUAGUUACAGCCUUGCUUCAGUCUCCAGACUUCGCUUGCUGUCUACAGUCCUACUUCAUUCCAAAUACUUCGCUCGUUAGUUACAGCCUUGCUUCAGUCUACAGACUUCGCUUGCUGUCUACAGUCCUACUUCAUUCCAAAGACUUCGCUCGUUAGUUACAGCCUUGCUUCAGUCUACAGACUUCGCUUGCUGUCUACAGUCCUACUUCAUUCCAAAGACUUCGCUCGUUAGUUACAGCCUUGCUUCAGUCUACAGACUUCGCUUGCUGUCUACAGUCCUACUUCAUUCCAAAGACUUCGCUCGUUAGUUACAGCCUUGCUUCAGUCUACAGACUUCGCUUGCUGUCUACAGUCCUACUUCAUUCCAGAGACUAGGCUCGUUAUCUUUGCUCGUUAUUCACAGUUUUCCUUCCUACUCACGAGGGCGUCAUUCUUUAGCCUCACACUCUGUUUAUAUUAAAUCGUCUUAUCCAUUAACGCCGCAAUAUAGCACCAAUUGAAAAUGUAUCCAUGACCAAUAUUGAAGUCGGAUUCUUUUACUUCUGUGUAACACAUGACAAAUUCAGCAAUGAUGCAGUGGAUGAAAUAAAACAUAUAUAUAUAUUUACCAUUUCAAGGAAGUCUUUGCCAUAUGUUUUCAGAGAUGUUGAGUGCAAAUUUAUGUACUUGCAGAAGUACA